GUUAAUAUGAGUGUUUGAAGUAAGUCAUGGCUGAUCCAGAGGAAUUAGAGUCUACAGCAGGUGUAGAUGUUGAGGCUGAUGGAAAUGGAGAAUCUGUUCCCUGUAAAGACUGCACACAAACAGAUGGCCAGGGAGGAGCUGAUCAGAUAUAUCCCGAAAAAAUAGAGGUGGUCUCUGUAACCGAGGAAGACAUUCCUGCUGUGGAUCCCCCGGCCCUGCUGAAGGUCAGUCCCCUGGACAGUUCAAGUGCCAGUCCUGCACCAGAUGACAGCACUGUCAACCCCACUUUUGAAGUCACUUCUAAAGACCCUCUAACAGAAACCCCCUCAGCCCAGCCCAGCCUUUCAAUGCCAGUUACCAAAGUCCAGCCGUUUGCUACAGCAGAGGAGAAAACAUUCCGUGGGAGCCUGUUUGCACGCAGGAUGGAGAUACUGAUUGGAGCUUGUGUCCUGAUUACCCUCAUUAUUGUGUUUGGAAUUGGACUGGGCGUUGGCAUGAGCUGUGCGGGGAAGUUUCGAUGUGGCUCUUCUGGAUGUAUUAGCAUGUUGCUACAGUGCGAUGGGCAUUCUGACUGUGAACACGGAGAAGAUGAGCUCAGCUGUGUGCGUCUGAGUGGGAAGAGCUCUGUACUGCAGGUGCUCACUAAUGGAGUCUGGAGAACCGUUUGUGCUGAUAACUGGGACUCUGACCUUUCCCUCUCUGCUUGCAAACAGCUUGGCUAUUCUAGAUUUAUAGAGGCAAAAGCUCUUCCUCUGUCGUCUAUUGAGCAGGACUUCCAAAGUAACCUGGUGUCAAUAAGUUUGAACCACACAAGUUCCCAGCAAGCUAUCAAGAUACACAACGUUACUAAUUUCAGUACAUCCCAGUGUAGUCUGGGGAAGGUAACAACACUUAAGUGCAUAGCUUGUGGAUCCAGGCCUAGGUUCAAUGCUCGUAUAGUUGGCGGUAACCUAUCAGUUGAGGGCCAGUUCCCCUGGCAGGUGAGCCUACACCUUCAGAACGUGCACAUGUGUGGAGGCUCCAUCAUAUCAUCUCGCUGGAUACUGACUGCUGCACAUUGUGUGUACGAAUAUGCAUACCCUAUGCUUUGGACCGUCUAUGUGGGAUUGAUAGAACAGCCGGUGAGCACAGUGCAGUCUCUCGCCGUGGAGAAGAUCAUCUUUCACAGUCGCUACAGACCCAAGGGCUUGGACCAUGAUAUUGCUCUGAUGAAACUGGUGCAGCCCCUCAUCUUUAAUGGUUUUGUGGAGCCUAUCUGUCUGCCGAACUUUGGGGAGGAGUUUGCGGAUGGUAAAAUGUGCUGGAUCUCAGGAUGGGGUGCCAUAUUUGAUGGUGGUGAAGGGAGUGAUUCAAUGCUUUCAGCACGAGUCCCACUCAUCUCUAACAAGGCCUGCAGUCAUCCGGAGGUUUACCAAGGCUAUAUAUCUCCAGGCAUGAUCUGUGCAGGGUACCUGGAGGGGGGAACGGACUCCUGCCAGGGUGACAGUGGUGGUCCACUGGCUUGUGAGGAUUCCUCAGUCUGGAAAUUGGUGGGGGCCACAAGCUGGGGACAAGGCUGUGCCGAAAAGAACAAACCUGGUGUUUACACACGCAUCACACAGUCCCUCACCUGGAUACGUCUGCAGAUGGAGAGAGAAGAAAUGCAGCACCCUUCUACUAUCAGCUCUGAUUAUUGACAGCCUCACAGUUUAAUUGUGGAAAAUCAGCAUCAGGGCACUGAAUCCAGGCAGCGACUCCACAGAAAAACUAAACUCUGCCACACGCACCACUGUAUGUCACAAGGAGGCACACUGGAAGAAAUGUUUUAUUGCAUGCACUCAAAUCUGGAAAAGUUUUAUUUGGUGUAAGUAGUCUUAUACAGUACUUGCUAUUUUAAGAAAUACCUGUCAAACAA